UGGCGGCACGAGGAGUUGCAGAGACUCGUGAGAGUUCCAGGCUCUUAACAGAUUGCUUAAAGAAACCUAGUUCUAAUUUCUGCUCUCAACCCCGUCGUGCUUACUAAUCCUUGGAUGCCUGCUAAAAUUUCUGAUGCUCAAGCACAGACUCUUUCAGUCGAAAUCUUUAGAAGUGAGGCUCAAGCAUGGGAACUACUUUAAACCUGUAAUUCAAAUGUGCAGUAAAUGACCCGUUUGCAGUAGUAGGUCUAUAGGUGAAUUUGAUUUUGCCUAUCCAACCCUAGCUCAGGACAAUUCCUUGGAGGUAUGUCUAUGAUAUUGGCUCAUUAAAAAAAAUAAAAUAAAAAUAACGAGUUUUCUUUUCCUUUCCUUUGGCCUCUGUAGGUCAGGAGUCAGGGGUCUUAGUGGAAAUUAUCUUGAGAACAUUUGAUAGGCUAGGCUCUCUGGACUCAACUGUUCUUUGUUUUGUUUUAACCAAAAGCCAGACUAUUACUUGAAAUCUUUGGACUAAAAGUUAACACAAGGCUUCUAGGGUUAUUUACUUUCACUAUUCCUAUGAAUUGUGAGGUUGUGGUACUAUUUAAAAGUACAAUUUAUUCCAGCAUAAUUUGUCAGAAUAAUAUCCCCUUUAGGAUGGCAAAAUGACAAGGAAAUACACACAUAUGCUUUGGGGGAAUCCUAACAGGCAAGUUCACAGUGAGGUAUAUAAUCCUCCCUGUUGAUUGCUGCGCUGGGAAAGUAUACAAACCAAAGUUGCAGAGAGACAUUUUCAUUCUAAAACUAUUUUACAGCUGGCAGACUAUUAUUUUGUGUGUCUUAAAAUCCGGCGUUUAAGGAGAAGUUGAGAUAAGACAGACGACAGGAAAUUAAACAUGGCUGGAGUAUAGAUAAGAAAGUUAAAUCGAACUCUCAGAAUUACUUCUUUACAUUAGGAAAUCCAUCCAUAGAACACUUGGACAAGUGACCACAGACUGUAACUGUUUGAUUAAGGCCAGAUAAAUUGAAAAUAUAUUAACGGAUUUCCAUGUACUGCUGAGAAUAUUUGGAACUUUUUGCUUUUUUUUUUUUUUUUGAGCUACUGAACCCUUAAUAUUUUGGGGCCGCAGAGGUUGGAGAGAAUAUUAUCUGGAUGCAACAGGUAACCUCAACAAGUCCAGCAGCCUCCACAGUGCCCACUUGGAAUUUCCAAUCAGCGAUAGCAGCAAUGACUUCAAAAUGGAGAACUAGUGAAUCUUGGUAUUCUCACCCAGUAUAUGCAAGAUAUUGGCGACAUUAUCAUCAUGCAAUGGUUUGGAUGCGAUCCCACCAAAAUGUUUACAGGAAGUUCAGGAAUUCCUGUUUCACUUCCCCAUGGUUCUACCCUCAAGGAGUUCUUCCCUGGAACCCUGUUGCUUCUGAGGCUGGGCAUCCUUGGAACUAUCAAGACCAACACAUGGUCUUGCAGGAGCCUCCCUACAGUGUUUCCCAUCUCCAAAGCUCUGGGCAGCCUCUGUAUGAUAGCAGUAGAAUCCAGGCCACCACAAGAGAAGAUGAAGCCCCAUAUGAAGAGGAAGAGAUGGAGUCAGAUUCAGAUAAUGAAAUAGAAUGUGACCUGAGCAAUAUGGAAAUCACGGAGGAGCUCCGCCAGUACUUUGCAGAGACUGAGAGGCACAGAGAAGAGCGGCGGCGACAGCAGCAGCUAGAAGCGGAGCGCCUGGACGACUAUGUAAAUGCGGACCAUGGGCUGUACUACAACCACCACCGGUCCACAGAGCCUCCCUUAGAGAAGCCUGGGGAGCGGCGUCAAGCCGAGAUGAAACGUUUGUAUGGGGACAGUGCUCCCAAGAUCCUGGCCAUGGAGGCUGCUGUGCAGAUGAGCUUUGACAAGUAUUGUGACAAAAAGCAGCCAAAAUACUGGCCUGUCAUUCCUCUGAAGUUCUGAGUCGUUGGCACAGGGACCUUGGGGAAAGCCUCCUGAACACAAUUCCUCACCUUUCCCUCCUCUGGAUGUGUUCUCUUCAUUUCUCUUGGACAUUUUUCAGAGAAAGAGGCCUAUAUACCAACACAGUGGAUACGAUCUGUCAGCCACUUAGAAUUCUAUCAGCAGGAGGUACACUGUUGCCAACACAAGAAAUGUCCCCUUUACAUAAAGUGAUAAUCAUAUAUAUUAUACUUAUUAUACUGGCUCUUGAUUAACUCCCUAAUAGAGUUCAGUUCAUGGACAUUUUUGCCUAGACAUACAAUGGUUUGCUUUUGUAAUUUCCUUCUUUAAGCCUUCCUGGUUGUCACAAAAUCCUUAAGCCACAUGUCAUUUUUUUUUUUUUUGAGACCAGUUCUCAUAUAACCCAAGUUAGCCUCAAACUCUUAAAUCCUCCUCCUUCCACAUCCCAAUUGCUAGCUUACAGAUGUGCACCCCAUUCUGGGCUCUAAUCCACAUGUUCUCACUGACUGUAACCCUUUGAAUCCCUCUGAAAAUGAUACAAGAGUACAGUAAGGAAAAUGCCACUUGCUAUUCAGCGAGGUGUCAGCCUACAUGCUCUCUAAAAGGCCUGAGGGCAAUGCUCUGGGCUUGGCAGGCCAUGUGCUUUGUCUCCUAACUGCCUAACCCUGACUUUACAGCGUCAAAACAGCCAUGGAUACUGAGUAAACAAAUGAACUUGACUGUGUUCCAAUAAAACUUUAUUUGUAAAAUACAGGCCAUGGACUGGAUCUGAUCUGCAACUGCUGCUAUAACAGAGUGAAAAUCACCCAUCUGACAUUCUUAUUUUGUUUUCUGUUCAGACCUUGGAUGCCAAACAGAAUUAAUUGAUAGCAAGGAACAGGAAUUCCCCAAUCUAGUCACUUUUGCAGCCUCUUGUUGUCAGAAUGCACAGUUGAGCUCUUACUGCAUAUGGUAAAUACCAAUUUGAUAAGCAAGGACAUCUGUGAGAAGGAAACCUAAACAUUGACGGCGCAGUCCAUCUCUAGAAGCCAGCUACUUUUUAAAUAAGUGAUUAACAGUGCGUUGCUGGGGGUGAGCCUGUGUUGACCUCAGAAGAUUAGCACAUCCAUCAAAGGAUCUUUAUAAUUGCGAACGCAUGUGGGUUGGAGUGAACAACAGAACAUCAGAAGCAGAAGUCUAAGACAUGACUAGAAAGAGCGGAGGACAGCCGCCUGCAGUCUCCAGAAAUUAGACGUCAAGAAAAUGGAUUCUCCCCCAAGAGCGUCUGGAAGAAAUGAAACUUUUCAUAUGCCUUGAUGUUAGCCCUGUGAGACUCCGUGCAGAUUUCUGCCCUCAGGAAGCGUAAGAGGAUCUGUCUUUGGCUUAAGUCGUUACAUUUGUGGCAGUUCUACCAGAAAGGACAAACAGGAAAUUGAUAUAGGAAGUGGGUGAUUGAUUGGUGAUGCUAUGUGCUGAGCAAUUCAUGCGCACUACAUGAUUCGAUCCCAGCACACCUCUGAAAGUCAAUUCUUUAUUGCCCAGAUAGAGAAAUGAAGUCAGAGGAAGUGGCCCGAAGCCGGCAAAUGAGCCACAUCAGGAGUGAAGAUUGAUCUGGGAUUUGAGUCUCUCUGAGCUCUUGCCUCUGGGUUACACUUUCCAUCUGCAGAUGGACAAAAAGAUUUGAGGGAGCCCGAGCUUUCUGACAUGGGAGACUGAGUCUCUUGUCUUCACUGCCUGGGGUUGCAGAGUAGUUUGGAUAGGCAUUUGGUGAAAAACUAAAAGAGAAGUCUGAGGUCAAGGCAGAAACUCACCCACAGUGGAUUUCGUGCAAGUAGAAUAAACCAUUUAGGAUGACUGCAAAAUCGGAGAGGAAAGAGGGCCAACUGGGUGACAUAAGAAGACCCAGUACUGCGAAGAUAAGUGUCUGGAACAGAAACCUCAAAACUGUUAUAUCACUUUAAAAAAGCGAGAUAGAACACACACACACACACACACACACACACACACACACACUGAAUGAUUCCAUUGAUGUGAAAUGUUCAAAGUAGGCAAAUCCACUGAGAUAGAAAAUGAGUUAGUGUUUGCCAGAAACUGGAAAUUGGGUAAUACUCUUGCUGGCAGGGUCCUGAAGCAGGCAGUGAUGGACCCACAUGGUGAAACACAGUGAUUGCACACGAGACCUAGCUAAGCUGGGUUUAGAGUGGACUUGUAUGAUCUAAUCCAUUCAGACUCCUAACCACCUCUUUAAGGUUCCAAUAUCUCUUAAUAUCUCAUAUGAAGGAUUAAUUUCUGACUGAAUUGCAGAGGAGGCAAGUCGCAUUUGAACUGGAGCAGGUUUUCCGUGUUACACUUUGGACUUUGUGAGCAGCUGCUAAGCCUUCACAAAGGCCCGAACUGAACUAACCCAUUUCCCACAAUGAUCUGCUUGAAAGCGAUAACAGCACUGAAAACCAAUGGGACCUACAGUGAAAGUGGCAGUGAAACGGGACAGAAGAUAGAUGGGAGAGAUGGAGAAGCAAUGACAACUCCAUAUUUCUAGGUGUUUCAGCCACUCAACCCAUCAGAAACCUUGCUGGCUCUGCCUAUAUCUGCUAUCACACGGCUGCCUCUCUACCUGCCUUAGUUAUUGUUCUAUUACUCUGAGGGAACACCAUGAUCAUGAAUUUUAUUAAAAGAAGCAUUUCAUUGGGGGCUUGCUUACAGUUUCACAUUGCUAGUUCAUGAUCAUCCUGGCGGGGAGGGGAGGGAAGCAGCAGGUAGGCAGCCGUGGUUACAUAGCAGAGAGCUCACAUUUGAUCCACUAACUGCAGACAGAGAGUGAGCAAAACUGGGCCUGAUGUGAGCGCCUCAAACCUUAAAGCCUAUCCCAGUGACACACCUCCUCAUACAAGACCCUACCUUCUAAUCCUUCCCAAACAGCAGCACUAACUGGGGAACCAAGUAUUCAAGCAUAUGAGCUUUGGGGGACCAUUCUCAUUCAAACCUCCAUACUGUCCAAAUGCUACUGUCCGUUUCAAAUCGAGAUUUUAUUUCAAUAGCUCCCUACCCACCCUUGCUUUCUUAUAAUCUGUUCUACACAAAACUCUCUGAUUUGGUUGGAAUGUAAAAUGUCCCGCAUCGGCUCAUGUGUUUGGACCUCUGGUCCCUAGGUCGUGAUGCUCUUUUGGUGGGUUGUGGUACAUGUGAAACAUGGGGCCACCCUCAUGGAGGUAGCUCAGUGGGAGUAGACUUGAAGGCUAUACUUUUUCUGAGCCAACCCAAGUUCUCAGCUUCCUGUCAUUAGGACAGCACUUUUUCUACUGUUAGGAAUGUUAUUUAUCAGCCUGUGCCUUGUGGGUGGUGUAGGAUAGAUGGUGAUUUUUUUUAUAGGUGCCCCAAGUUGGAAAAUCAUCCUCCAUCCUCAAAUGGAAUCUCCCAAAGCAAGGCACAGCCUGAAACCCCACUGUUUUCCACAAUAUAGAGUAACUUAGAGCAGGGCAGAGUCUGAUCUCAAUAGCCCUUGUCAUCCAUCCUCACUGAACCGUCAAGGAAAUGGGAAAAGGCAGGAGUAUACCUGAUGCAUUCUUAGCUGAGCAAGAUGGUAAAUGCUUGUAAUUCCUGCUAUUGGGAGGCGAAGGUAUAAAUAAGCUCAGAAGUUCAAGAAGCUACCCAGGGAUUUCAAGGCCAGUCUGGAAUGUUUGAAGGAGGUGGGAGAAGAAAAAGAAACUAGGAGUCUAGAACCCUUCAAGGGGCAUCAAAAGUAACAUUGUUGUCUGCUGCGGAAGUGGACUGAAUCUACAACUACUCAUGCUGGAAGCUACCUCCCACGCUGGCAGCUACCUUGCCUAAAAGUCUGCUUCCUUCCGCUGCAGUAGGCAUCCUGGGAGUUAAUGCAUUGAUUGCCUACUCCAUUAUCUAAUCAGCCCACACACUGCUUGAAUUUAGCACCGAGCAAACUCCUAUUUGUUUUUUUAACAGGAAAAUCACCAUCCUGAAAUGACUUGAAGCAAACUGCAGUCUCAACAAUUGCCUUUGAAAUCUAUAAGCUAAACACGAGGCUUUUCUGUUCUUUCAGUCAAGCCCCCGAAGGUCCUUUUCUCCCCAGCCUAAGCUUUUUUGUAAUAAAGGCAGCCAAGAAGGGAAAAUCUUUAAAAAAAAAAAAAUGAUUCCAAUGGAAUAUUUCUGAAACAUACUCUAUCAGUAGGAAAAACAAAGUAGAAGAAUAUUAUGGAAUAAAGUCAUUGUCUAAAUGAAAUAAAAAAUACAAAUGAGACAACUGCUCUGAAGGCAUAUAUAAAACACUAUGGUUGCGCCUUGAGGUCAGGAUCAGGACCCUUAUGGGAACCAAUAUUGUAGACCCUGACAGCAUUGACUGUUCCUGUUCUGUGACUGAGACCCUUUAGAGCCAGUGUCCUCUCUUGUGCAGGACAAGUGGAAGUGCCCAAAAAGUCACAGGAACUAAAACAAGGGGGAAUAUGCCAGUUCCAU